AUGAGCUCGCUGCUGAAAAUCGGCGGUACCGCCAUCAAUGAAGGGCACGAGGCCGAGGAGACGACGCCUCUCCUCAGCAGCGGCGCCGACCUCUCCGGCGCCGCUGCGAAUAGCGCCAACCUCUCCGGCGCCGUUGAGAAUGGCGACGCCGCGACGCCGCCGCCGCCCGACAAGCCGCUGCCGAAGCUGCAGAUGUUCCUGCUCUGCUACGCGCGCCUCAUGGAGCCCAUCGCCUUCUUCGCCAUCUUCCCCUACAUCGCGGCCAUGGUGCAGCGCAACGGGCGCCUGCCCGAGUCCGACGUGGGCUUCUACAGCGGGCUCAUCGAGUCGCUCUUCUCCAUCACGCAGAUGACGGUGCUCAUCGUCUGGGGCCGGCUCGCCGACCGCCUCGGCCGCAAGCCCGUCCUCGUCUGGAGCCUGGCGGGCAUGGCCGUCGGCCCGGCGCUCUUUGGCAUGGCCACGACGCUCCCGCAGAUGAUCCUCUUCCGCUGCGUCGCCGGCAUCUUCUCCGGCUCCACGCUCAUCAUCCGCACCAUGAUCUUUGACCACUGCACGCCCGCGACCCAGGCCCAGGCCUUCAGCUGGUUCGCGUUUGCGGGCAACGUCGGCAUCCUCAUCGGGCCCAUUGUCGGCGGCUUCCUCGCGGACCCGGCGGGCCAGUACCCGGGCCUGUUUGGCGGCUGCAAGUUCUUCGAGGACUAUCCGUACGCGGCGCCCGGGUUCGCCGUCUCGGCGAUUGCGGCGACGGGCGUCGUCACGUCCAUCUUCUUCCUCGAGGAGACGCUGGACAAGGACGCGCAAAAGACGCGGCAGCAGGCCGGCAGCAACAAGGCCGAGCAGCUGUCCAUCUGGCAGCUCAUGCGGACAAGCGGCAUCCCGACUGUGCUGUUUGUCAACGCCUCGGUCAUGAUCAUGGCGUUUGCGUUUACGGCGCUCCUGCCCGUGGUGCUCUUCACGCCCGUCGACAUUGGCGGUCUCGGGCUGUCGCCGUUUCAAAUAUCCAUCUACAUGGCCAUCCAGGGCCUCAGCCAGGCCGUCUGGCUGAUUGGCAUCUUCCCGCCGGUGCACAGGCGCAUCGGCACCAAGAAACUGCUCAUGGCGUGCGCCCUCGGCUAUCCCUUCUUCUUCCUCGCCUACGUUGCUCUCAACGAGCUGCUGCGCGCCGGCACGCCGACCGCCACGACGUGGGCGUGGAUCGUCGGGCCGCUCGCGGCCAUUGUCGGCCCGGGCGUGUCCAUGGCCUUCACCGGCGUGCAGCUCGCCCUGAACGAUGCCUCGCCGGACCCGCACGUCAUGGGCACUCUCAACGGCAUUGCCCUGACGAUAGCGAGCGGGCUGCGGUCGUUUGUGCCGGGCCUGACGACGGCUCUGUACGCGGUCGGGGUGAGAGAGCAGAUUCUUCGCGGCCAUCUGACCUGGAUCGUCCUCAUCCCCGUGUCUAUGCUCAUGUUGACUGUGAUACCUCAGCUGCCCAACGACAAGCAGCCGGUCGCUUCAACGGCUCCGGAAGAUGAAUCAGACCUAUAA